AUGGCGACGACGACGGGCAGCGGCGGGGACAGCGACGACGACGACGGACGACGGGCGACGAUCGGCGAGGACGGGUUCGAGUGGCGCGCGAGAGGAUGCAGUGCUGGGACAAAAGAAAAAGAAAACCUGCAAAAAAGAAACGCUUCGUCCCCAAUCUGUCGAUCGCAUCUCCGCUUGCCUCCUCUCACGGGUCACUCCGCCGCCGCCUCAGCCGCUUUUGCUGCGCCUUCUCCUCCCCGCUCCCUAGAUCGGCGUCCAGCACAGGAGGAUCUGGGUGGUCAUGGUGGCGGCAUCUUCAUUGGCCUCGCCGGAUUGUUAGCCACCUCAAUCCCCUCGCACAGGCGCCGCCGCCAAGCCUGCCCUCGACCGUGGCGCUGCCGGCGUUCCUCCUGUCGCUCGUGCCGCCACAGCCGCCGACCCUCGCACAGCUGCAGCCGCCUGCUCUCCUCUGCUGCCCCAGCGCCCCGAGCAUCGCCCCGUCAAAUAGGCGCUCCGCAAGGCAGCGCCUUCUCCCUGGAGCAGCCACUGACGGCCAUCAACGCCGGCGACCCAAUCCAUAUGAAGUCGUCCGCCGCCACCGAGGACGGAGAAGGUCCGAUGUCUAGAACCGUCGCUGCUUAUCCUGCCAAGCUUCCUGCGCAGGACGAGUAUCCCUCCAGCCCCCUGCGCCGCCAUCUGCCUCUGAUGAUUCCGCACGCGUGUAGGCGACAGUGGAACAAAUUCAGACAUUCAAGGAUAUCCGUCCGUCAGAAUAUUCAGUGGGCAGCCACGAUGAAGAAUAUUAAGAUGACACAUAAAAUGAGAUCGAUGCAAAAGCGCCUACAAAAGAUGGACCGUGAUAGUUAUGGUGUUCAGCCAGAAACUCGCUGCGAGGAGCGGCAAGUUCCUGACAUCCGGGAAACAACAGGAUAUGUGGAAGAGGCAGAAAUCAUCUGGAGGACUGAUGACGAAAGGAAAAUCUUGGAUUGCAUAUCUGGGAGCAAUAGUUAUUCCCCCCUGCUUUCCAUUACAGUGAUUGGAGUCAGUAGGUAG